AACACAUGUCUAACAGUGAACAUUGGAGUCAAACAAAAACUGAUCAAUCCCUUCUUUGGCGAGAGAACAUGGCUGCAGGCAUCCAGUUUCUAUUCUGCCUCGGACUGUCUGUGCUACUCACAGGCUUGGGAAGGACUGUGAUUGUUGGAAAGAGUCACAGCCGAGGAAAGGAUGACCCGGUGCUGCAAUACGUUGUCAACAACUCACUAAGAGAGCAUCCGGUCCUCACUAAACUCAAAUUGAGAACUCUCGAUGACCAAUGGCAUGCCAUGAUGGUUUCCGUCGAACAAGCCCAGUUGAUGGCCAAUCUCAUAAAACUGAUUAACGCAACCAAGGCUAUUGAAAUCGGAAUGUACACAGGGUACAAUGCACUCAGUAUGGCUUUGGCCAUGCCUGAGAAUGGACGCGUGGUAGCAUGUGAAACAAACGACGCCUAUGUAGAGAUUGCCAAGCCCUUUUUUAAAGAGGCCGAAGUGGAGAAUAAGAUCAACAUACGACUCCAGAUGGCAAUGACAACGCUUGAUGAACUGAUAGCAGCUGCUGAAACCGGAACCUUUGACUUUGUGUUUAUCGAUGCCGACAAAUCCAACUACGAUGGAUACUAUGAAAAGUCCCUGGAGCUCGUUCGGAAAGGGGGCAUCAUUGCCAUCGACAAUGUGCUGUGGAGCGGAAGAGUUGUGGAUCCUGCCCCCGAUGACGUCACCUCUCGGACUCUGGAUGCUCUCAACAAGAAGCUCCACAAAGACCAGAGGAUCGAUCUGAGCAUGCUCACUGUCGGGGACGGGCUGAGCAUUGCCAUUAAACGCUAAAUGGACUUCAAGAUAAUUACAUCUGCAUUAAAGGCAGUUUGGUA